AUGGAUGACGCUGGGUUAUUUGAAAACUUUCUUGACCAAAAUUCAAUUGAUAACUUAAAUGUAAAGAUGGAACCACAAUCACCAUCUCCACCAUCAAACUAUAACCAAUCAACUGAGAAUGAUUUUAAAAAAUAUAGUAUUGGAAAUAUAAAUAAUAAUAAUACAACCACUACAACCACUACAACUACUUCUUCAUCAUCAUCAAAUAAUAAUGGAAAUAAUAAUAAUAAUAAUAAUAAUAAUAAUAAUAAUAAUAAUAAUAAUAAUGGUAAUAGUAAUAGUAAUAAUAAUGGAUUUGGAAUUGGAAAUGGAGUUGGAUUAAUUCAUUUACCAUCAAUGUUUCCACAACAAAUUCUAUCAUCAAUUCCAACACCAACUGAUAUUCAAAAUUCAGCAACAGAGAAUAUUCAACAAUUAAUUAGUCAUUCAACAUUUAAUCCAAAUUCAUUAUAUUAUUAUGGUAAUAGUGGAAUUUCCAAUGGUGCUAAUUCAAUUGGUGGUAAUCAUUCAUCAUCAAGUAUUGGUAGUGGUAGUGGUAUCGUUGGAGGUGGUGUUGGUGUUGGUAGUAGUAGUAGUAUCGUUGGUGGUUCAAAUCAAUUAUCAAAUGAUUCAAUUGCAUGUGACCAACAACCACCAUCAAUGAUGAUGAAUACAGUUCAUCAUCAAUUAAUUAAUCAUUUACAACAACAGCAGCAACAACAUCAUCAUCAAUUACAACAACAACAACAACAACAACAGCAACAACAACAACAGCAACAACAACAAAAUCAACAAAAUCAAACAAACAAUAGUAACAACAAUAAUAAUGGUAAUAAUAAUAGUAUCGAUUUAUCACAAAUUCCUCAACCAUAUCAACAUUUACAACAAUUACAACAACUUCAUCAAUUACAGCAAUUAAAUCAAUUACAACAACAAAUUCAAGCAGCUCAACAACAAGCACAACAACAAAUUUUACAACCAAAUAAUAAUAAUAAUAAUAAUAAUAAUAGUAAUAAUAGUAAUAAUAAUAAUAGUAAUAAUACAAUACCUUUUUCAAUUCACCAAAUUCAACAUCAAUUACAGCAACAGCAACAGCAGCAACAACAACAACAACAACAACAACAACAAAUUAAUGCGAACCAAGUUUUAAAUUCAAAUGGAAAUAGAACUAUUUUUAUACACUCAAAUAAUCCAACAAACCAUAAUAUAACAAAUUUAACAUCACCUGAAACAUCCAAUGCAAAUAAUAAUAAUAAUAAUAACAAUACAUCAUUAUUCCAUGAAUUAAUGUCACCAUCAUCAACAUCAUCAACACCAUCAACAACAGCAAUGGAAACUACAUCCUCAACACCAUCAUCAUCAACUUCAAUAACGUCACCAAUUUUUAUAAAUCAUCCAUUUACAGAUUCUGGAAUUAAUUCAACAACUCCAAAUAUAAUAGCAUCAAUUGGUUCAUUUAAUAGUAGUAGUAGUAGUAAUAAUACAAAUAGUACUUCAUCAUCAGCAUCAGCAUCAACAUCAUCAUCAAAUUUAAAUCCAUUAAUUGGUAUAACAUCACCAACAUCAAUUACAACAGGUACAGGUACAAAUUUUAUACCAAUGACACAGCCACCAUUACAAAUCAUUGGUGAAUUAGAUAUUAUAAUCGAACAACAACCACCAUCAGAUGUUAGAACUAGAACACCAAAUGAUCGUAGAACUUUUAAUUCAGUGAUCAGAGUUGUUGGUGAUUUGGCAAAGAAUAAAGUUGGUGGAGUUUUAGCACAAUUGGCAUACGCAAAUUCAACAACUGAACGUCCAAGUCAAUUCAUUCUAGGUGGUAAUAAAGUUGGUGUAAUUGGUAAAGAUGGUAAAGUUGCUUUCGAUAGUUUAUCAAUGACUGAAGCUUCAACAAAACAUCGUGAAAAUGAAUUUGUUUUAGAAUAUGUUUUAAUUUCUGAUGAUAAUAGAAUUUACACAACAACUAAUAAUAAUAAUAAUAAUAAUAAUAAUAAUGCAACAACUAAUGUUAAUAAUACUACCACUACUACCACCACCACUACCUCAACUACUAAUAAUAAUACAUCUUCUUCAACAAAUACAUCAACAAUUGGUUUUAAUGGUUUUAAUGGUAGUGCAUUACCAUUUAUAAAAAGAUCAAGACCAUUUUAUGCAUAUUCAAAUCAAAAAGUUUUAUCAAGAAGAAGAAAUGUUACAUUGAGAACUUUAUCAUCCAAUCGAGGUACAACAUUGGGUGGUGAUCAAAUGCAUGUUGUUGGUUCACCUUUUAUUAGAUGUAAUUCAUUGAAAUGUAUUUUUCAUACACCACAUGGUGAUGUACCAGCUUCAAAUAUCGAAUUGUUUAGUGAAAGUGUUUUAUUCUUUACAUUACCACCUUAUCCAAUACCUCAAGGUUUCAAUUCACCUGAAGGUACAGAAUUACCAGUACAAGUUGUAAUCACAAAUGAUGGUAGAAACUUUAGUAAUCCAUUAUCUUUUACUUAUAUCUAUGAAGGUAGUGGUCAAAAACGUUUAAGAUCAAGAUUUUAA